AGGUGGUGACAAUGGCGUGGCCCGUUCUCCUCGCUACCGCCAUGGCUGUCCUGGCUGCUUGGUCGUUGAUCCGUUUGGUGUCAUUGAAAUGGAACAGCAGCAGCCAGCAACCACGCAAAGCUGACGAGAGCUGCAGGCUGCCGCCGGGGUCGAGGGGCCUCCCUCUCCUCGGCGAGUCGCUCGAGUUCUUCACCUCCACCCCGUCUCUUGAGCUGCCCGCCUUCUUCAAACGACGUCUCGAUAGGUACGGUCCAGUUUUCAGAACGAACAUGGUCGGGCAAGACCUGAUCGUGUCCCUCGAUCGAGAGCUGAACAACUUCGUGUUCCAGCAAGAGGAGAGGCUUUUCCAGAUCUGGUACCCGGAUUCGUUCAUGAGGAUCAUUGGCGCCGACAGCAUCAUCACGACGCUGGGGUCACCACACAAGUACAUCAGGAACUUGGUCCUCCGGAUCUUUGGCCCUGAAAAUCUCAGGCAAACCAUGCUCAGGGAGGUGCAGAGGACGGCUCAGGCCAGCCUUCUCUCCUGGAUCGAUCGACCAAGCAUCGAAUUCAAGGAAGCAAUCUCGAGCAUGAUAUUCAGCGUUACAGCCAAGAAGUUAAUCAGCUACGACUCGGUGACCUCGGAUGGAAACAUGUGGAAACAAUAUGAUGCCUUCAUUCGAGGACUUCUUGCAUUCCCACUUUGCAUUCCUGGCACUGCAUUCUACAAAUGUAUGCAGGGGCGAAAGAUUGUGAUGAAGAUGUUGAAAGAAUUGCUUGACAAGAGGAAGAAGGCAACAGGGCGCCAGGGAAGCAAUAUUGACUUCAUCGAUGUGAUGAUUGAGGAACUGAAGGAGGAGAAGCCUACAAUAAGUGAGAAGGCUGCACUGAAUUUGAUCUUCUUGCUGCUAUUUGCCAGCUUCGAGACCACGGCAUCUGCAAUAACGGCAGUGCUGACGCUCCUUACUGAUAAUCCUGAGGCCUUGCAAGAACUAACAGAGGAACACGAAAACAUUCAGAAGAGAAGGGGCGAUCCGAACUCUGAAAUCACCUGGGAGGAAUACAAAUCUAUGAAAUUUACAUCUCAUGUUAUACAUGAAGCUUUAAGGCUGGCUAACAUUGCUCCAAUGGUGUUCAGAAAAGCCACAGAGGAUGUUCAUAUAAAAGGUUUUUCUAUCCCAAAAGGAUCAAAACUUAUGAUUUGUCCUUCCAGUGUUCACCUAAACCCUGUGGUUUAUAAGGAUCCUAAUAUAUUCAAUCCGUGGAGAUGGAAGGAUACCGCUGAACCAGCUGGCGGUGCCUCCAAGGAUUUUAUGGCAUUUGGAGGGGGGCUGCGGUUGUGCGUUGGUGCAGAUUUCGCCAAGCUGCAGAUGGCGAUUUUCCUCCACUGCUUAGUCACCAAGUAUAGAUGGAAAGCAAUCAAGGGAGGAACAAUGGUGCUUGCUCCAGGACUACGAUUCCCAGAAGGUUUUCACAUCCAACUUUUACCAAAAGCAUGAAGUACCUGGGCCAUUUACUUCUAUCCCCUACGGCCCUAUACACAAUAUACAACGACCACAGGCAAUGUUUGAGCUCAGUACUUCGAUGUAAUACCCAUUAGUUUUCUGCUCUAUGAGCUACGCUUAUUGUUCACUUUGCUAUAUAUGCUGUGUGCCUCCAGCCUUCAUAAUACUGUUAAUAAAUAAAUUUAAUUUAUAUAUG